UUAGAUUAUAUUAGGGUUAGGUUAGGUUAGGUUAAAACAAUCUGAAAUAGUACGUACUAUACAAGUAAAUUACUGUAUAAGUAGACGUUAUAGAUCACUAAAAGAUAUAACAAGAUAAAUUACAAAGCAACAUUAUGAACGACGAUACAAGCCAUGACGAAGAAAGCUCAAUGAGCGAAUCAACAUCGGAAAGCGAUGAUGAUAUAAAGGAGUCGGAAGCUCACUCUGUUUCGUCACAAAAAGACAAUGAUAAAGAAGAAGAAGAUAAUGAAGUUAUCAAAGCAAUAUUAAAUUCACAGAAAUUGCAAACAAACCGUCCACCAUCCGUUGUAUUAGAAGACACGAUAACAGAUAUAUGUUUUCAUCCUACAGUAAAUAACAUAGGUGUAGCUAGUAUAACAGGAGAUGUUUUUAUGUAUAAAUACAACAAUGAAGAGACCAGUCUUGUAUCAACUUUGGAAUUGCAUCUUAAAGCUUGUCGAGACAUUGAAUUCAGUGAGGAUGGAAAAUUGUUAUUUUCAGCUGGGAAAGAUUUGUGUAUAGCGAUAACAGAUGUGGAAACGGAAAAACUAAUUAGAACGUGCGAAAAUGCCCACGAGGAACCAAUAUAUACAAUGACAAUUAUCAACAAGCACGUGUUUGUAACAGGCGACGACGACGGUACAGUAAAAUUGUGGGACCUGAGACAGAAAGGCAGCAAUCCGAUAUUUUCCAUAAAAGAGACAGAAGAUUACAUUAGCGCAAUGAUAACCAACAAGGAUGCCAAGUAUUUGGUCUGCGCUAGUGGUGAUGGAUAUCUGACAACUUUAAAUAUACCAGAAAGAAAAAUGCACGUGCAGUCUGAGGAUUACGAUGAAGAACUGACGUGUCUCGGCUUGUUCAAAACUGAGAGAAAAUUACUGGUGGCCAGCAGCAAAGGAAAAAUGUACGUGUACAAUUGGGGAGAAUUUGGAUUGCAUUCGGACGAAUUUCCUAAUGUCACGAAAAAGUCCAUAAAUUGUAUGAUUCCCAUUACCGAAAAUGUUGUAGUAACCGGUGGAGAGGACGGAAUACUCAGAGCGACUAGUUUGUUUCCUCAUCGGCACCUUGGCAUAGCGGGGCAACACGAGUUUUCUGUCGAAGCGCUCGAUAUCAGCAACGACGGAACUCUAAUAGCAUCUUCCUCGCUCGAUAAUGACAUCAAAUUCUGGAACGUGCAGUAUUUCGAGACUUUAAACGUCGCUGAACCGGUGAAAGGUGGAAAACAAAAACAACUCUUGUACAAUCUACCUAGUAGCGAAAUGAAUAAUCGUGCCGACUUCUUCGCGGAUUUGUAAUUGUUGCGUAAUAAAAUACAGUUUCUUACCGAU